AAGUUGGCGAACAGCUACGGCAGGUGGACCGAGGCCGUGGAGGAGGCAGUUUUGCAGCACUCGGAGGUACCCCAACACCAACGAGACGGCUAUAGAGGAAGGGCGCAGGGUUUCGGCAUCAAGUGGACAAAGAGCACAGCAGCGCCAGGCAGACCGCAUCUGUACAAUGCAGAGGCUGAGUGGUGGGCCAUCACGCACACGCAGGUGAUCGCGAUCAAUGGCCUGGUGAAGAACAACAAAGACCCACAACAGCUACAACAACGAGGACAAGAGCUUCGACAGCGGAUGCAGCAGGUACAUGUGGUCAGCAAGCACAGCGAUAUCGAGCUGCUCAACCAGUGGCAGCAGAGCGCACACGACAUCUUCAGCCCAGCACGGCAGGAGAGAGAGGACGUGAUAGAGAUCACCGAGAGAUUGGCUGGACAAGCAGCGCGGAGAGCUCUGGCAGAUGGCACAAAGGGCUUCAUCAGGUGGGCGCAGGAUAUGUGGAAGAAGACCCCUGGAGCCCUGCACAGAUGGACGAAGGACGCGCAGCAGCCGCGGCUCGAGGAGAUGAUCUCAGGCACGAUCGUGGCCGAUCCCAUCCUCAUCAUGAACCACAAGAGCGAGAGUUGGGCCAAGAAGUGGACGGCCGCCCCGCAUAGACAGACAGCACUUGCAGGCGCUCUUCGACGUUGCCGUCUCUCGGCGGCCCAAGAGGACCUCCCGCAGCUCACGAUCCAGGACCUCAACGCUGCCACCCACCGCAUGGGGGUCAAGAAGGCACGAGGAAUCGAUGCGAUAGGCCCCUUGGACAUCGAGAGGCUCCCAGACCAGGCCAAGUACGGUUUUUUGGAUAUCAUCGCGCAAGCCGAAGAGCAUCUGAUGUGGCCCCCACAAGUCCUGGGCACCAUCGGCGCGAUCGCGGGCAAACCAGCAGUGGUCGAGUCGUGGACGCAGCAGUUGGAGGACCACUGGGAUACGGCGUUGCGUGGUUCCUCGGCGUUACGUGCGGCUUUGCUGCGAGCUACCCUCGACGAGACGGGCCAUUCCAUGGGUAUUGCACAUGCGGAGUUGUUCGCGGAUAUGGAGCAGUUCUACGAUUCGUUAGACUUGGGAUGGCUCAUAGACACGGGGAUCGAGCUGGAUUUCUCACCGACAAUUAUGGCGAUGGAGGUCGAAGCGUUCCUGGGUCCACGGCACCUCAAGCACACGGAGUGGAUCGGACCCAGGAUCGACCCGUCAUGUUCGAUCGUGGCGGGCUCGGCCCAAGGGACUAGAUUCGCCAAGGUGUACCUGUUCCCUCUCUUGGACGCAGCCCAGAAGCGAGUCCAGGCAGCGGGGCUAUGGACAUACGUGGAUGACACGGUUGGAAGGGUCGAAGGUACCGAGGAGACGGUGGAGCAGCAGAUGGUGGAGUUGGUCGAUGAGUUCAUCAUCCAGGCUGAGAAGCGCAGCCUCAUCAUCUCGCCCAAGACGGCAUCAGCCUGCGACGGCAACUUGUCAGCGAAUGGCUACAUCAAUGGCUUCUUCACCCAGAAAUUCAUCGACGAGUACGACAAGCAUGGGGACCGACCUACCGUAAGUGACGAGCAAUGGCAGCUCCCCUUCAUAGACGACGAUGGCAAGUGCGACAUUGAUGCUAUAGAGUACACACAGCUGCUGGAGGAUCUGGAGCACGACCUGGAAAUGGCGAGGAGACGGGUAGGCAUCGGAGUGGCGACCAUGAAGAUGAUCGACGGCAAGUGGAGUAUGUCAGCAGGCACGAUGGCAGACCUACCAGGACGGCGUCAAACCGUACCGCGGGCAGAGAUCACGGCCUUCGCGAUUGCCAUAGAGGAAACGAGAGGAGACAUCGUGUACGUCACGGACCACUACCCGCUCCUCACAGCUUGGACAAAAGGCAGAGCUCAAGACCCUGGGCGAGGGAAGAACGCGGAUUUAUGGGCACGCAUCAAGAGGGCGGUGAUGGACACGUCCCCCAGACACAUCGAAGUGGAGUGGACCCCGUCGCACCAGGACGAGGACGAGGUCGAGCUAGUCAACCCGAUUUUUGCGAUGGGCAACAGUUUUGCAGACGCACUUGCUACGGUUGCGGCAGAAGCUUCUUGGGAAAGAGUGUCCACGCCAAUACCACGUACAGACGAAUGGGAUGCGAUCUGUGCUCAUGUACGAUUACGAGCGAGGCAGGCCUUGGAGGACACGGCGAACAUUGACCCUUGGUGUGCUGAGAGGCCCACCACAGCCAAGGCCAAGGCCAAGAGGGACCGAGUAAAGGAAGUCGUCGACAAGAUGAAGCAGCACGAUAUGGUCAGGCUCAAGAAUAAGUGGUUUUGCACAGCCUGCAGGCAGUACAUCGCAGCGGACGCCCUGCAGGAGUUUGCCAGCACGGCAUGCAACGCUACAUACAGCACGGCCAACGAGAUAGUCGAGGUAAAGGGCGACAGGUUCAUGGGCAAUGGCAAGAUACAUGGCAGCCACGUGGUCAACGAAUGGGUGCGGUACGGACUGCUAUUCUGCGCGCGGUGCGCAGCACAUGGAACGACCAUCGGGAAAAGGCUACGCGAGCAGUGCAGCGAGACGAUCACCAAGUACGGGCAGGAUGCGCUCAACAAGAUUCGGGACGGACGCUACCCUGGCUACAG